ACACCUCCCAGGCAGCCACGAUUGGACCCUAAUUAGAAAGCUGGCUGAGGAAAAGAUAGGCGUCACGCGUGUCCUGCUUGAUUGAAUCCAAAGUAGCUGACGCCUAAAUUUCUACAGAGGCAGUGAGCACUGCGAAGCCGCAAGAGUGAUGCUGCGCGCAAAGAAAACCGUCUCCUCCACACGCGGAGUUCCGACUAGAAGGUUGUGAUAACGGGAGCAGCUAAAAACAACGCACCCUCCUUUUUUUUUCUUUUUUUCCCCCUGUUAGGAGGGGGCAAAUAAAGGAGGCGAAAGAAGAGUGUCCGGCCACAAGUCUCAAGUUAUUAGAGAGGGCAGAUGGCGUCCGUACUUGGGAACAACAGCCGCGCGUCGGGGGCUCAAGGUGGUCAGGUUAAAUGCAAGCUGAAAAGGAGGAGGAGAAGGAGAUCGAAGCGAAAAGAGAAAGUCAGUAUGCUGUCGGCAUUGAUCACUCCCUUCAAGUACAUAAGCCCAGGAACCAGCAGCACUGAAGACGAGGACAGUUUAAGUACCAGCAGUGCGGAGGUGAAAGAAAACCGCAACAUUGAUAACUUGGAGGAUCGCUCCUUAGCAUCUGCUGAGUGUCAAUCACUCUUCUGUUCAGAACCUUCAAGAAGUGGGACUUCUAGUCUAAAGAGAAAACGGCCUCUGGAGGAAGACAACAACGGUCACUUGAGCCAACUCCGUCUGAUCUAUAAGAAAGUGUCCUGGUCCGAGGCACCGAAGAAUGCUUUAGUUCAGCUAAAUGAGCUCCGGCCUGGUCUUCAGUAUCGCAUGGUGUCCCAAACGGGUCCGGUCCACGCUCCUGUUUUCUCCAUUGCUGUUGAAGUUAACGGAUUGACCUUUGAAGGAACGGGUCCAACUAAGAAGAAAGCAAAGAUGAGGGCAGCAGAGCUGGCCCUGAAAUCCUUUAUUCAAUUUCCCAAUGCUCCUCAGGCCCACCUAGCUAUGGGAAACAUUUCAAACCCAUCAGCUGACUUCACCUCAGACCAAGCUGGCUUCCCUGACACUCUUUUCAAGGGGUUUGACUCUUCCCCUUGUUCUGCAGACUUUACCUUUUGCAACUCCGAAGCAGAAAGUCAGUUAUUAUCAAGUGAGCUACUGAGGCAUGGACGUUUGCUCCGCCAUACCUUGGACCUGAUGGUACAGGCUCAACAGAGGUUAGGCGGAAUAGUUCCUGAGCCAGAUGGACCCAAGAGUCCUGUGGUACUGCUCAAUGAGCUCCGUCCAGGGUUGCGCUAUGCCUGUCUUUCUGAGCGAACCCAGGGCAGAAGGUUGCGUAGCUUUGUGAUGGCGGUACGAGUGGAUGGCCGCAUCUUCGAGGGCUGUGGACGCAGCAAGAAGAUGGCCAAGACCCAGGCUGCCCAGUGUGCUCUUGAGGCACUCUUCAAUAUCAGGACAGCCCCUGAAGGCAGGAUGGCUCUGAAGACCAGCAGGAAGAUAUGCCCUCAUUUACCCCAGGACUUUGCCGAUUCAAUAUUCCACUUGGUGAGGGAGAAGUAUCGCUCACUGGUGGGCGGCUGCAAUCCGGCUUACGCUCAACACAAAUCCCUGGCAGGCAUCGUAAUGACCCGAGGUCUGGAUAUCAACUAUGCCCAGGUGGUGGCGUUGUCCACAGGAACCAAGUGUAUCAACGGGGAGAAUCUGAGUGACCAUGGACAAGUGGUCAAUGACUGUCAUGCUGAAGUGACUGUACGCAGAGCUCUGCUACGUUUUCUCUACUCUCAACUGGAGCUCUUCUUUAGUAAAAAGCCAGAAGACUGGGAGCAGUCCAUUUUUGUGCGGCAUAAGGAACGCAGCUACAGAUUAAGAGACAGCGUCCACUUCCAUUUGUACAUCAGCACCUCACCGUGUGGAGACGGGAGAGUCAAUUCACCCUACGAAAUCACCACAGACCUACCCAGCAGGAGACACCUCAUGAGGAAGCACCGCUGCCACCUUCGAACCAAAAUCGAAUCAGGCGAGGGGACAGUCCCGGUGAGGUGUCGGGGGUCCGUCCAAACGUGGGACGGCGUUUUGCAAGGAGAGCAGCUCAUCACUAUGUCCUGCACUGACAAAAUAACCAGGUGGAAUAUUCUUGGCCUGCAAGGUGCGUUGCUGAGCCACUUAAUAGAGCCUGUGUACCUUCAUAGCGUGACCGUGGGCAGCUUGCGCCACACUGGCCAUCUGGGCAGGGUCCUCAACCAGCGGCAGGAACGACUGGGCCCCCUUCCCGCCAAUUACAGACGCAACCAGCCGCUGCUCAGUGGGUUAAGCUGUGCCGAGUAUCAACAUUCAGGGAAGGCCUUGUGCGUGAGUGUCAACUGGACGUUGGGCGACGCGCAGUUGGAGGUGGUCAACACCGCCACGGGACGGAGACGUGACUCAGGGAUGCCUUCACGCCUCUGCAAACACGUGCUGUUCUCACGCUGGAACAGACUUUACAGCAAGCUGGGGAUCCCCGCGUCCUGCUCGGAGGACGGCCAGCUGCUUUACUGCCAGGCCAAGAUGGCGGCACGCUCUUACCAGACAGUCAAGCAGCAGUGGUUCAGGUCACUGCAAGAAACAGGCCUGGGCACCUGGGUGAAGAAACCACCUGAGCAGGAGCAAUUCUUGCUAUCGGACUGAGGAGUGUGUGUUUCUGUGUGAACUUUUUUUUUUUUAGGGUGAGAUUGGGGUCAUGCUUUUUGCAGACGUGCAUCAUUGUGUGUUUUGUUGCCCACACAUCCACUCCACUGCUCAGUACAAAAACCGGAAGCUCAACUACACGUGCUGAGAGGAACAGGAAAUAAAAGGGAUUGUGUGUUUUUGUUUUAUCUUAUGUGUCCUUUAAACACGCUUACACACACAUGUGUCCACCCCCUUCGCCCCCACUCAGGUGUGGCGUCUGUCAAAGAAGGGUGGAGUAACCUUGAGCUAAAUGAAAGGCAGCCGCUAUCUUGUCAUCAGCUAUUUCCGGGCCCCAAGGCUCCCGCUGAGGAGCAAAGCCCUGGGAGAGAGCGAAAGAGACAGAGGAAAGGAAAAGAAAGAGAGAGAGAGGACCACGUCCAAUUAUUGGCCCUGUCAUGGUGAUGGGCGAUAGAGGAAAAGAAAGAGUGAGUGAGGAAAAAAAAAGGUGGAGACACAAUUCAAUGCCAUCUCAAGCGACCCGUGCUCACCUUUUUCAACGUUCGUCCUCCGCCUCUGACUUCGCCCUUUUUCUCGCCACUUCCUUUGUCUCCCUCGCCCCCUCCCUCCACCGCUCCGCUUCUUGUCAAUCUCCACGGCAGCCUCGCCUUUCAAACGCGGCGCAGUUUAACACGACACGACGACAGGUUAAUACACCCCACUGGGUCGGGAGACGAAGUACACAAACGUGGCCAUUACCGCUUUCCUAAGUGCGGGUGAAGCUGAUAAUGGAGGGAGCGGCUUUUUGGUUCAACUCGUUCAUACUUAAUAUAGCUCCUCACCCUUUUUCUUUCCUGACCUGGAUCCACCUUCUCAAUCGGGGCCUUGUUGACCUGAUUCUCUACAGCUAUGAUCAUAUUUGAAUAAUGGGGAAGAGUAUUAAUCAUGUUAUUAUGGACUUCAACAGCAAAUUUGAUAGCGGCAAAGCGCUACUUUUCUAUUAAAAACCACAGGCUCCACUUCUGCGUAGUAGUUCCACAAGAUGGCACUCAAGCAAUUAGAUUUUCUCCAGUGAGCACACAUUUGGAAAAAAGUUUUGAAACAUGCUUCUGUCACACCAAGAUUGCAUAUAGUGGCACCAAACCACUACUUUUUAUUU